AAGAACAACAACAAUUUGUGAAUAAAAAAUUAAAAAAGAAAGAGCAUAGAUAAUAGUGUAACCGUAAACCCUAAGCAGAAGUAAAAAGAGUUGUGAGAGAGAGAGAGAAAGAGAAAGAGAAAGAGAGUGAUUGAGAUUUGAAAUAUGAACAAUAACAAUAAUAAUAAUGAUAAAGAAAGGGAUAGCGAAGUUGUUGUUAUGGAAAGAAAAAGAAUAAUUCCAAGUGGAAGUGCUGAAAUUGGAAAAUCAAUAAUAGCAUUAGUUUGCGGCACACUCGUUUACUAUCACUGCGCUUUCAAGAAUUCCCCUAUUGUUUCUCUUUUCUCCGAUGUCUUCAUUGUUCUUCUCUGUUCCCUCGCCAUUCUCGGUCUUCUCUUUCGCCAAAUGAACGUCCAAGUUCCCGUCGAUCCACUUGAGUGGCAAAUAUCUCAGGAUACAGCUAAUACCAUUGUUGCUUGUUUGGCUAACACUGUCGGUGCCGCUGAGUCUGUCUUGAGGGUUGCAGCUACUGGCCAUGACAAGAGACUCUUUUUUAAGGUCAUUCUUUGCCUUUAUGCAUUAUCUGCUCUUGGAAGACUUGCUUUCGGUAUUACUAUUGCCUAUGCUGGGCUAUGCUUGUUUUGUCUUUACAUGUUCGCGGAGUGCUCUCAAACAAUCAGCUCAGGUGUAGCUUGGUUCUUAGGAAGAAGAAAUGACACUAGUAGAGAACAAGACACGAUCAUGUAACCUGUUCAUUUUGUACAUGAUUUUUUUUUUCUUCAUAGUUAGAGUGAUUCUGUUGUUAAAUUGAAAUAAAGCUUGUGAAUAAUAUUGUUAAUAUGAUGUAUAUGAUCACAAACAAUCCAAAAAGAAAUAUCAGAAGUAAACACCCAUUUCGGAACAUGAAUUGGUCAUCCAAAGAUUGUUACAUUUUAUGUAGUCAAUUGAGUGAUACUUUUUUC